CAACAGCUUCGCCAAAUGCAGCAGCAGUUGAACGAAAUCAGUGUGAUUCCGAUGCAAAUUCAUGCCACACUCAGUUUUCUCACCAAAACACUUUCAAAGUUUGCUCCCCCCGAGUUGCAAAUGGAACUCCCGGAAGCUCUACGAUCCUCGACGACACUAUCGAACGAUGAAGUGCGGGAAACCAAUGACCCAAUCAACUUACAGCGACUUGACGAAGAGGAUGAAUCGACUCAGAAUGACCCAGACGAAGAAUUUGCAAUCACCCUGGAAAGCUUGUUUGACGAAUCCGAGGUCUUGGAAUCGUUGCCGGCACGAAAUGGAGUUGAGGACGACAACCGAUCCGAUCAGGAGGAGGAUACAGAGCCAGAAAUGAGUGAAGAGGAGCGAUUGCGAAUUGAGAAAUUGGAGCGUGUCAUCAAACUGCAAAAAUCAUGGCCUUGGAGCCAGACGGAGAAACCCAUUCAUAAACGAUCCAACUGCCACUUGGUACCCAGCAUCGCGCUGGAACGGUCAAAAAUCAAACAAUUCCCGGACAGGGAAGCGUUACCGUUCUACAAACACGCCGUUCUGCAACGCGCUGGACAUUGA